AUGGCUAGGAUUAUGGUCUACGGUACUACGAUAAAAACGUGGACUACACAGAACUUUGUUCUAACCUUUUAUACCUCUAAUAGGAAAUCAAAACAUGUAUUCAAACGUGCAACCAGAUUUGAUGAGAAUAAUGAAAACAGUCCCUUCUCUGUUUUAACAAACAUUAGCACGGUGACUGAUGACCAUGGUUCUAUGGAACAAGGAUCAAACACGGCAACCCUAAGUACCAGGAAGCCAUGUACUAGGACUCCACUAUCGAAUAUCACAAACAUACCCUCUUUUACAAACCUGCCUAACAGAAGAGACAAACGUAAAGGAAAAGCAAUUAACAAAGACUGGGAAGAUGUACCUCUCAAAGAUUGGAGUCGUAAUCUUUUUGAGGAGGAGUUCAGCAACCGAACGAAGACCAUUCCUAAUCUGUACGAUGAUAAAGAUGAAACCACAGCUGAAGGUGGCUACUUCUCAGAUGAUGGUUUGUUUGAUUCUGAGUGCAGUGAAGAUGAUUUGCACGGCCCAACAAACUCUGAACCAGAUUGCUCAUCUGAAUCUGAAAAUGGUGAAGAACACAGUGCCAAGCCUUCUGGAAAUAAGAAGAAGACACGUGCUAAUCAGUACAUACCCGAGGAGUAUGCAACACUUGGCGCUCCUUCGUACAAGUGUAUUCACUGCCAUGCUCAGCUCUGGCACGAUGAACGUGUGAACAAAGGUGUUACUAAAGGGACUCCGAUUUUCUCCAUAUGUUGCAAAAAAGGUGAGGUCAGUUUACCUCCGACACCUCAAACUCCUGCUUACCUGUUGUCACUGUACAACGAUGAAGUAAAAGGUCGUGACUUCAAAAGGAGUAUUAGACUGUACAAUGCAAUGUUUGCAUUUACAUCUGCUGGGGGGAAUGUAGAUCAUUCUAUAAACAAGGGCAGAGGACCAUAUGUUUACCGCCUCAACGGUCAAAAUCAUCAUGUGUUUGGUUCUCUAAUUCCGGAUGACGGCGACACACCGAAAUUUUGUCAACUCUACAUAUAUGAUACUAAUAACGAGGUUAACAACAGAUUGCGUUGGGUCAAUGUUGCUGAUGGUCAGGUUGUAGAUGCAGAAGUUGUUGAUGGACUGAUCCAAAUGCUGGAUGAAAAUAAUGAAUUAGUGAAGAAAUUUAGAAUGGCACGUGAUAGAUGGGAGAAUAAUGAUUUAGUUGAUUUGAAAGUGGAGCUUAAGGUUUGUCGAUCGCAGUCGGGUCGGGAGAACCAUAUUUCUCCCUCUGACGAAGUUGCAGGGAUAAUGGUUGGUUCCAGUUCUAAUACUACUCCUGACCGUGACAUAAUAAUUGAGCCAAAGAUGGGUAAGCUGAAACGAGUAUCCUAUGUUCAUCCGAAGUUUAUGGCACUCCAAUAUCCGCUUUUAUUUCCGAAUGGAGAAGAUGGCUACCAUGACAAAAUUCCAUUUAAUAGCGCUGAUCUUGAUAAUCUAAGUGAUCGUGAUUACUUAUCAAUGAAGGAUUACUACGCUUAUAGGUUUCAGAUUCGACAAAAUGAAGCUUUGACACCUAGGCUUGGUGGUAGACUCUUUCAACAACACAUUGUUGAUGCAUUCUCCUCCAUUGAGCAAACACGGUUGUGGUGGUUCAGGAAAAACCAGACCAUAUUAAGGAAUGAACUUUAUAGCCAUAUCUGUGAUUCUGUACGCAAUGGGAAUGCUAAUUCAGCUGAUGUUGGAAAAGGAGUAAUUCUACCUUCAGGCUUUGUCGGAUCAAAGAGGUACAUGCAACAGAAUUUUCAAGACGCUUUGGCGGUUUGUAGACAUGUUGGUCAUCCGGAUGUUUUCCUAACGAUGACUUGCAAUCCUUUGUGGGAUGAAAUUCAAAAGAUGAUGCAAUUGGUACCUGGUUGCGAGACAGAAAACUCACCAGAUAUUAUAUCUCGAGUUUUCCGAUUGAAACUUGAUCAACUAACAACUGACAUUAAGAAGAAUGGCCAUUUUGGUGUUUGUGUUGGAGUUAUGUACGUGGUUGAGUUCCAGAAGAGAGGUCUUCCGCACGUUCACAUGCUCAUAUGGCUUGACAGUGCAUCGAAGAAAUAUCUUAAGAAUAACGUGGACAAAUUUGUGUCAGCAGAAAUACCUGAUCCGGUUAAAGAUCCCGUUGGCUAUGCAGCAGUCAAAGCCUUUAUGAUACAUGGCCCAUGUGGCCUUCAAAAUCCUAAAUCUCCCUGCAUGAAAGGCAUGAAAUGUAUCCGGCAUUUUCCCAAAAAGUACUGCCCAAGAACUAUGUUUGAUGAGAGCGGUUUCCCACUAUACAAACGCCGUCGACAAAACAUCACUGUCAAAGUUCGCAAUGCGGAGUUGGAUAACCAGUGGGUAGUGCCUUAUAACAGAGAUUUAUUAGUCAAGUACCAAUGCCAUAUGAAUAUUGAAAUCUGUUGUCAUGCUCGAAGCCUUAAAUAUUUAUUCAAAUAUUGCUUGAAAGGGCAUGAUACAGCAACUGUUCAUGUCACUGGUAGGAAGCGAACAUCAUCGAAUGUAAAUCCUAAUGAGCCUGUAGAUGAAAUUCAGGCUUACUUUGACGGGAGGUACAUAUGUGGUGCUGAGUCUGCUUAUAGGAUUUUCGGGUUCCCUAUACACCACCGCACUAUCUCUGUGGAGCGUUUACCAUUUCAUUUGCCCGGACAGAAGAAUUGUACCUUCUCCUCCAGCCAGCCUUUACAAAAAGUUGCAGAGAAGGAAAAAGACAAGCUAAGCAAGCUCGAAGCUUUUUUUCUACUGUGUGCUUUCGAUAGUAAUGCCAGAAAAUGUACAUACCAGCAAAUCCCAGAGCACUAUGUCUGGAAUGAUGGUCAGAGGAGAUGGAAUCCAAGAAAGAGAGGUUUUCAAAUUGGACGUUUAUCAUACACGCAUCAUAGUAGUGGUGAAGUAUGGUUCAUGCGUUUGCUCCUCACAAAGGUUUGUGGUCCAACAUCAUUUAAAAGUCUGAGAACAGUUAAUGGUGUAUGUCAUGCGACUUUUCGCGAUGCCUGCAUGGACUAUGGUUUGCUUGAUGAUGACAAAGAGUGGCAUGAGGUUAUACAGCAAUGUGCAAAUGGUGGUUUACCACCACAGAUAAGGCAACUAUUUGUGCACAUAAUAGUAAAUUGCAAGGUCACAGAUUUAUUACAUCUGUGGAAUUCCCAUUGGAAACACAUGGUUGAAGACAUUUUACUUAAACGUCGUCAAGUAGCCAAGGAUGAUAACCUCAUGCUUAAUGAUAAGCAGGUCCAAUUUUAUGCUCUUGCAGAAAUAGAUGAUUUGCUCAGAUCAAUAGGGAAGUCAUUGAAGAAUUUCCCACAAUUACCACAACCUCCAAGCUCAUAUUUAAACCAUGGUUCCAACAACUUGAUUAUAGAAGAAACCAGUUACAAUAUUGCUGAGAUGAAAGCCGAGAAUGAAAAAUUGUGGACUUUUUUUGUAUAUGGAAGUGGUGGAUGUGGUAAGACGUAUUUGUGGAGGUCUUUGAUAUCAAAGCUAAGGUCAGAAGGAGAGAUUGUUCUUCCAGUCGCCUCUUCUGGCAUUGCAGCUACGUUAUUGCCUGGUGGUCGCACCGCGCAUUCACGUUUCAAGAUUCCUAUUGUCCUUGAUGAAUUCUCACUAUGCGGUAUAGGUCAGAAUUCUGACAUUGCAGAGCUUAUCAGAAAAACAAGACUUAUUAUCUGGGACGAAGCCCCUAUGCAACAUAGAUUUGCAUUUGAAUGUUUGGAUCGGUCACUUCGAGAUAUAAUGAAAGUUGUUGAUCCAAUACAUGCCUCACAGCCCUUUGGAGGGAUAACAGUACUUUUGGGAGGCGAUUUUAGACAGAUUCUCCCAGUCAUUCCACAAGGUGAUCGAAGUCAAAUUCUGUCUGCGUGCAUUACUAGAUCUCGAUUGUGGAAUAUUUGUACAAUUUUUCUUCUGAAGAGAAACAUGCGGCUUAACAAGGGUAAUUCCCAGCAAGAAAUUGACGAACUAAAUGCUUUUGCGCAAUGGGUUCUGGAUAUUGGUGAUGGAAAAUUUUCAGGGCCAACUCUCGCAGGAGGUCCUGACAUGUUAGAAGAUGAUAUCUUAGUCCCAGGUCAAUUCUGUGAUAUGGAUAGAGAGAAUUCUGUUGAAAAUAUGAUCAAAACAAUAUAUCCAGAUUUUGUCAACAAUUGUGGAAAUGCAAAGUAUUUGAGUGAGAGGGCAAUAUUGACACCUACUAACCAAACAGUAGGUCACCUUAAUUCUCAAAUAGUUGAUAUGAUUCCAGGCGAGUCUGUUACUAACUAUAGUGUCGACAGUGCUGAAGAAUUUGCUGGGAAUGAUAGUGAUCUACAUUCUGCUUUUCCUAUAGAGUACCUAAACUCAAUGAAUCUCCCUGGAAUGCCGCUUCAUGACCUCAAACUGAAGGUUGGUGCUGUUGUAAUGCUGAUGCGGAAUCUUAAUCAGACUCUAGGACUUUGCAACGGAACUAGGAUGGUUGUCACAAAGUCUCUCAAAUUCUGCGUUGAGUGUGAGGUAAUAUGCGGAUCUUUUGUUGGUACUAAACACUUCAUUCCAAGGAUGGAAUUAUGUCCUAGCGAUACUAGGAUGCCUUUUAAGUUGGUUAGGAAGCAGAUGCCGCUUCAGAUUUGCUACGCGAUGACCAUCAACAAGUCACAAGGACAAUCACUUCAAACUGUUGGCCUUUAUCUUCCUAAACCAGUUUUUACGCAUGGCCAGUUUUAUGUUGCCAUAAGCCGGGUAACAUCUCCAUCUGGGUUGAAUGUUUUUAUUGAUGAUGAAAGUGGUUGCACCACAGAUUUAACACAGAAUGUAGUGUAUAAGGAGGUUUUCUAUGCUCUGCCAAAAACUUAA